AUGGAGAAGUUCUCCCAGUUCCGCGACAGAGGCUCCGGCAUCUCCCCCUUCAUCCCGCACACUUCGUCCUCCUCGACGGCCGCCAAGCUCCUCCACGUCGGGCUCUUCGCCUUCCGGCUCCCGUUGCUGCUCCUCUACACUGCCUUCUAUUUCAUCCUCGCCGCCAACAUCCCCUUCCUGCCCCAGGCCCUGCAGAAGCUUCUCACCUGGGGCUUCCUCGGGAUCCCCUGGAUCAUCUGGGGUGACCUACAGCUCGACGGCGUCAAGCGCGGCUCUCUCUCCCAGCAACCCCCCGAGCGCAUGCCCGGCGCACCGCCCGCCUCCGUCAUCGCCGCCAGCUUCACUUCCCCUGUUGACGCCGUCUACCUCGCCGCCGUCUUCGACCCCAUCUUCACCAUCAGCUACCCAGGAACCCGCUGUGUCUCCCGUGUCGGCCUCUUCCGCACCAUCUGGCAUGCCCUCAGCCCCGCCCAGCUCCGUCCCGCCCCUGCCGACGACGGCCUGACCACCCUCGCCGAGAUCAUCGCCGCGAACCCCGGCCGCGUCGUUGCCGUCUUCCCCGAGUGCGCCACCACUAACGGCCUUGGCAUCUUGCCCUUCAGCCCCUCCCUGCUCACCGUUCCCGCCGACGUCAAGAUCUUCCCCGUCAGCAUCCGCUAUACAUCCCCUGACAUCACCACCCCGGUGCCCGGCGCCUGGUGGAGCUUCUUGUGGAGGCUGCUGAGCCGCCCGACACACGUCAUGAGGAUCCGCAUCGCCGAUGCCAUCUACAACACCGCAGGCAUGGUCGACGGGUUGGCCGUGGCAAGCGGGCGCGAGACGAGGACCUCGGCGAGAGCGAGGGCCGACGACGGGGCGGGUGUGAACGUCGAGGGGCAGCGCGUGCUGGACCGAGUGGCUGAGACUCUGGCUCGGCUGGGUAGGAAUAAGAGGGUUGGUCUGACGGUCGAGGACAAGGCCAAGUUUGUGGAGGCCUGGAAGAAGAAGUGA